AUGAUGAUGUCUCUGAGCAGCAAGCAGCCUUUCGGCCUCCCCCACGGCGGCGGCAGCGGCGGCGGCCUCCACGAAACCAAGUACUCGGCCCUGCACACCGCCUCGCCCUGUCCCUCCGCCGGCGCCGCCGCCCCCGCCGCCAGCUCCCCCAGCAGCACCGGCAGCGGCGGCUCCGCCGGACGCGGCUCCGGCUCCGGCCCCGGCGGCAGCGGCGGCUCCGGCUCCAGCUCGGGCUCCGGCCCCGGCGGCAGCGGCGGCGGCGCGGAGGCGAUGCGGCGGGCCUGCCUGCCCGCCCCUCCGAGCAAUAUAUUCGGCGGUCUGGACGAGAGCCUGCUGGCCCGCGCCGAAGCCCUGGCAGCGGUGGACAUCGUCUCCCCGAGCAAGAGCCACCACCACCACCCGCCGCACCACAGCCCCUUCAAGCCGGACGCCACGUACCACACCAUGAACACCAUCCCCUGCACCUCGGCCGCCUCCUCCUCCUCCGUGCCCAUCUCCCACCCGUCCGCCCUGUCGGGCACCCACCACCACCAUCACCACCACCACCACCACCACCACCAGCCGCACCAGGCGCUGGAGGGGGAACUCUUGGAGCACCUGACGCCGGGGCUGGCGCUGGGGGCCAUGGCGGCCCCCGACGGCGCCGUGGUCUCCACGCCGGGCCACGCUCCGCACAUGGCCGGCAUGAACCCCAUGCACCCGGCGGCGCUGGGCAUGGCCCACGCCCACGGGCUGCCGGCGCACAUGGGCUGCAUGAGCGACGUGGACGCCGACCCCCGCGACUUGGAGGCCUUCGCCGAGCGCUUCAAGCAGCGCCGCAUCAAGCUGGGGGUGACUCAGGCCGACGUGGGCUCGGCGCUGGCCAACCUGAAGAUCCCGGGGGUGGGCUCCCUCAGCCAGAGCACCAUCUGCCGCUUCGAGUCGCUCACCCUCUCCCACAACAACAUGAUCGCCCUCAAACCCAUCCUGCAGGCGUGGCUGGAGGAGGCCGAGAAGUCCCACCGCGAGAAGCUGGCCAAGCCCGAGCUCUUCAGCGGCGCGGAGAAGAAGCGCAAGCGGACCUCCAUCGCCGCCCCCGAGAAGCGCUCGCUGGAGGCCUAUUUCGCCCUGCAGCCCCGGCCCUCCUCCGAGAAGAUCGCCGCCAUCGCCGAGAAGCUGGACCUCAAGAAGAACGUGGUCCGCGUCUGGUUCUGCAACCAGCGCCAGAAGCAGAAGCGCAUGAAGUACUCGGCGGGCAUCUGAGCCCGGCGGCACCCGCAGCGCCAGCGCCGCCGCCGCCCACAGAAAACCCCAUAAACAACCGGAACAACAAAAAGGAAAGGAGGAAAACGACCCCAAACGACCCCAGCCCACCCCGCCGCCCGCCCCGC